AUGUACGAUAAAAACAACCACAAUAAUAGUACUAACAAUGGUGGAGAAAAUCAAGAAGAAAAAUCAAAUCAAAAACCCACUCAUAAAAAACGAAGUUUUCGUCUUCCAGCCGUAUUCUCAUCAAAGGAAGAUAAAGAACUUUCAGCAAAUGCUUCACCUCAUUCCCCGAAGCAACCUAAAGACCGACGUCGUUUUGCCGAUAUGUUUCAUAAGGAGAGAAAAGUUUCAGUCAAUAAUAAUACUCGUCGUAUAACAACGCGUAAUAAAUCAAAUGACGACGAGAAACAAAAGAAAAAUCGUCGUAGUUUUAUUUUUUCGGAAAUGUUCAGUUUUUCCGAUACAGAAGAUUACGCACAUCAAAAUGAUGAUGAAUAUAACGACGAAAAUGAUAUUAACGGACAACGACGUCGCAUACGUAGUAAAAGCAGUAGUAGUAAUAAUAAAGAAAAGAAUAAAAAACGUAGAACUUUAUUUUCUGAUUUCUUCGGAUUCUCGGAUGAUGAAAAUAGUCCAAGAGCAAAACAACGAAAAAGACGCUCCCUUAAUUUAGGUGAAUACGAUGUUAAAGACGAAGCAAAAAUCAUGCAAAGAAAACGUCUUAGUUUAAAUAUUAGUGAUUUGCUUGAUAGCCAAAUGCCAACAUCAUCUCCUUCGCCUAAAACGAAACGAUCAAUUAGUCAACCGCAAUUAAUUGAUAAACACAUCGUCGAUUCUCCAACAAAAGAAGAAAUUGCUAGUCCACAAACUCCACUAAAUCCAGCUGAUUAUGUUGGACAAGAAUCCCACCAAAUUCCUGAUCAUCAAUUUGAGAAGGAACAGAAAAAACAGCGUCGUAUUUCCAAUGGUUCGAUUGCAUCGAUCGCCUCUACUACAUCCACUGCUACUGCUUCAAUCAUUGAAACAGCUGCACCUUCAACAUCAUUAAUUCCUGAAUCCCCAAUCGUUGAAUCUAACAAGCAAAAUAUCAAUAUGUUGGAGGAUGAGGAUGUUGAAAAUGAAACGCCAUCGCCUCGUUGGGACAAGAAUUGGAAACAAGGCGUGGAAAAAAGAAUACCAGAUGCAAUUGAAGAUACUGAACCUCUUUCUGAGGAAGCUAAUCAUGGAGAAGAACAAGAUAAAAGCGAAGCUAAUGCCGAUGAAUCAAAGUUCACUGAAAAUUCUAGUGCAAACGGUGGUGAACUUGUCGAAGAUGUUGAAACAGAGAAGCCUCAAGAAUUUGAAACGAAGAACAGUUCUUUCUCGAAUACCACAACACUUGAAACUAAAAUCUCUCCACAAACGGAACAAACAAAACUCUCUACCAUGGAAACGGUAAUAAUUCGACAAUUGGAAUUGGCCGAAAGAAUGGAAAAGACAAUGAAUCGUCUUGAAUCGAAAGUUAAUGAACAACGUGAGGAAAUGGAUAACAUGUACACAACGCGUAUGCAAGAAACUAUUCAACGUCUUGAAUCGAAAUUAGAUGCUCAACGAAAUGAAUUGGAUGAAUUACGACAAGUUAUUGGAGAUUUACGUAAAAGUCAAAAAUUACUUCUAUCCAAAGAUCAACAUUCAUUUUUUCACUAUCAAGAACUUCCGCACAACACAAUUGAAUUCACAACCUCAGAAGUUGGUGAAGACGGCGCCGGUGCGUUGACAUUAACCUCAGAACAAGAUACAACCACAACAUACACUACCACUCUGGUAAAAACAUUAGUCGUCAACCCCUUGUAUAAAACGGUUGGAAUUGCAAGCACCGUGUUCCAUACAUUAUAUGUUCGACCGGUUGUUGGAUUUGUUAAAGUUGUUAAACAGAGUGUUAUUUAA